AUGGCUAGUGGUGGGGAGAUUUACUCCGCAACCUACAGCAACGUUCCCGUCUAUGAACUAAAGAUUGCUGGCGAUCAUGUCAUGCGCAGACGGUCUGACGACUGGGUCAAUGCUACUCAUGUUCUCAAAAUUGCUGGUCUUGACAAGCCAGCGAGGACAAGAUGCUUGGAGAAGGAUGUCCAGAACGGUGUUCAUGAGAAGAUUCAGGGUGGCUACGGCAAAUACCAGGGUACAUGGAUUCCGCUGAACGAAGCACGGUCGCUCGCCGAAAAGCAUGGCAUACAUGAUCGUAUUAGCAAGAUCUUUGAUUAUGUUCCAGGCGAUCGCAGUCCACCUCCUGCUCCUAAGCAUGCCACUGCUGCAUCGAGCAAGCCAAAGACCAACAGACAGCCAGUGCAGAGGAAAGCCGCUCCGGUUCAGCAGCGUACGACUUUGUCUCCCCAACCCCCGGCCUUGCUGACUUCUGUAGCAACUUACUAUCACCCUGCCAAAGAGCAAUAUGCCGCUGACGAUAUGCGAUAUGAUAACGAACCAAGCCGCGAGGGCACUCCAGAGUCGUUUCUGCACGACGAUGGUUACCUACCUAUGUCGCAAACAUCCACGGCCUCACGCAAACGUAAGCGAGAUUAUGAACCUGAGCAAGACAACGAUCUUGCACAUACAAUGUAUGGGGACGAGCUUCUCGACUACUUUGUCGCUGCUGGUGAUGAUUCUCAAUCUAAUAUACUGGCCCCCAAGCCACCCGAGGGCUUCGAUGUCGACCGGCCCAUUGACUCUCAAGGCAACAACGCAUUGCACUGGGCCUGUGCUAUGGGCGAUGUUCAAGUAACACGAGACCUACUCAGCCGUGGUGCCAAUGCUGCUGCUCAGAAUCACCCUUCGAAUGAGACGCCGCUUAUCCGUGCAGUCCUCUUCACUAAUAACUACGACAAGAAAACUUUCCCUAGGAUAGUCGAUCUUCUUGCCAACACUAUUGUCGAACGAGACGCUUAUGGCGCCACCGUCUUUCAUCACAUCGCCGAGACUGGUCGCUCGCGCGGAAAAUGGAGUUGCGCUCGGUACUACUGUGAAGUCCUCAUCAACAAGAUGCAAGAUAUGGGUUCUAGCUACGUCCAGGCACUGCUCACCUCUGUUGAUGCCAAUCACGACACUGCUGCUCUAUGCGCCAUUCGAAAUGGCUGCGUCAAAGUCGCGACCUUCCUCCUCAAUCACUGCCCCGAAGCUGGUGAGAUCCAAAACCUGAAGGGCGAAACCGCGAACGACCACCUCCGUGCCCUGCGUGAGAAGCGGGAUUCCCUCGAACAGCCUCCAUCAUCCCCUUCUGGUGCCCACGGUAGCUCCUAUAGCCGCAAGUCUCGCCGCAAGUCUGCUGCUCCGGUCAAGGCCCCACUCUCCCGCGCCGCUUCGUCUAUGUACGAGUCCACCAAUAGCGUCUUCGAAUCACAGCGAGACCGCCUUGCUGAUAUGUACGACAACGAGGCUAAAGAGAAGGAGACUACUAUCACCGAGGUGAAAGCCACGCUCGCUGACUUCGAAAAUCAGCGCCGCAAAGUCCGCCAGGAAACCUACAGCCUUCUUGCUGACCCUAAGUCAACCGAGCAGGAAGACUCACCCCGCGUAGUGGCUCUGCGUGCUGAAGAAGACGCUGCGCGCCGCGAGACCGAAAGCCUCCUCGAGCGCCGCGAGCACGCCCGCCUUCAAGCCGAGGUACGUCGCUUCGACGAGCAGACCCCUGCCGCAAUGUUCCGUGCCAACAGCAGUGGCGAGCCCCUCUCCAUGGACGAACUCCAAUCUCUCGCUCCUUGGGCCAUGGAGCUGGCACGUCAGCAGGCUCGUCGCCGACAACUCGUGCUUGAGGUUGCAGCACUAAUGGGGGAUGCGAAUACUGGCGAAAAGAUUGGCAAGCACCGCAAGUUAGUUGGCAUCGCGACGGGUAUCAAGGAAGACGAGUUGGACGGCAUGGCUGGCGAGCUGUUGGAAAGUCUGCAGGCGACGGCAGGGCAGAACGGAGAGCUGGUUCGGGAUGGCCGGGGCGUCAGCACGGAUGUUGAGGACGCAGCUGAGGGUAGGAGGACGCCGGAGCGCAGAAUCGGUGGAUUUGGUAUUGGUGUCGAGGGGGCUUAG